GAUAUAAACCUUACAGUAUUGGCAUUUGGGGAAAUGAAACUGCAGUGAAAUUUACUAGUAGAGGCAGCUUUUUCUUUCCAUUUACAACACAGUUAAGGAUGUUAGCAGUCAAAUGUGAGACUGUAUGUAGAGUUGAGAUAGCAAGGGAUAUGAAGGGCAGUGAAAAAGGCUUCUGUGGACAUGCCAGGGGUGAAAGGGAGAACGUGGGCCUGAUGCCAGAUGUCAUGGGAGACCUGAUGUCAGAAGGUCAAGAACGACAUCUUCUUUGCCUUGAUCUUUAUUUGCAAGACCUGUUUCCAGGUUCCUCGUGUCCCUGGGCCUAGCUACACACAUAUGAUGGAGUAAGGUACUUCUUUGUCUACAGCAGAGGAAGAGCAAAUGAGGUGCAGGCCAGCCCUGUGAGCCAGCCACACACAAGUCAGUGAGACUGGAUGGGAAGCGUCAGGGGAAGCUGUGAGGGUGGUCUCCAAAAGGCAGUGGAUUUGGUGGCGAGAGGGCUCCCAAUACUGGAAAAAAGAAAAUGUCACACCUGACUUCAGGCAGGAGCAUGUGGGGGAACUACAGGCUGGUCAGCUUAACCUUAGCCUUCAGGAAGAUUGUGGAGCAGAUCUUCCUGACAAUCAUGUCCUAGCACUUAAAAGGCAAGAAGGUGACUGGGAAUAGCCAGGAUGGAUUAACCAAAGGCAAAUGUUGCCUGACCUGUCUGAUUGCCUUCUGUGAUGGGAUGUGUGGCUCAGGGUACCAAGUGAAUGUUGUUUACCUUGGCUUGAGUGGUGGUGCAGGAGAUGACCCCAGACUCUUGGAGGCAAGGGGCACAGCCUGUGACAAGGGAAGUUCAAAUCGUGUGUGAGGAACAAUUCCUUUACAGCAAGAGUGGUCGCUGGAACAGGUUCCUGAGAAGCGUCAGGGAGUCUCCAUCAUUCAAGAUAUUAGAAACUGAAGUGGCCACGGCUCCAGGCAGCCUCAUCUGACUUCAGAGUUGGUUGUGCUUUCUGCAGGGGUUGUACUAGCUCAUCUGUAGAGGUCCCUUUGAAGCUAAAUUAUGCUGUGAUUCUCAACAGGUCAUGGAGGAUUUAGGGUUUUGGUAAUGAAGUAGCCUGUCAAAUGCAACUUUAAAAAGUUUAUGUCUAUCCAGAUUUUUAACCUCUGUCUCUUUAAAGUCAGAUACUUUGGAGCAUCCUAACAUGGUGUGGGAAGUGAAGACAAAUCAAAUGCCUAAUGCAGUUCAGAAACUCCUGCUGGUAGUGGACAAGAGAACUUCAGGGAUGAAUGAGUCACUAGAGUUGCUGAAGUGUAAUGAAAAUUUGCCCUCUUCUCCUGGAUAUGCAUCCUGUGAUGAACACAUGGAACUUGAUGAUCUUCCUGAACUACAGGCUGUGCAGACGGAUUCUACCCCACCUGCACUUUUUCAGCUUGGUGCUGAUGUUUCACAUCAGGAAUGUUCAAGAUCUUCAUGGAACCAACAUACCUCAAACAGCAAUUCAGAAAAUGCUUAUUCUUGUGAGAAUGGGGUGAACUGGUUGACAGAAUUAGCAAAUAUAGCCACAAGUCCUCAAAGUCCUUUGAUGCAGUGCUCCUUUUAUAACAGAUCAUCUCCUGUUCACAUAAUAGCUACAAGCAAAAGUUUACAUUCCUAUGCACGUCCUCCACCAGGAUCCUCACAGAAUGAUCCUAACUUCUCUAAGAACGAUUUGGAUGAAGCACCAGUCCGACAUGAAAGGGCGAAUAGUGAAUCAGAAUCUGGCAUUUUCUGCAUGUCAUCACUUUCAGAUGAUGAUGAUUUAGGAUGGUGCCAUUCCUGGCCUUCAACUGUUUGGCAUUGUUUUCUAAAAGGCUCUCGUUUGUGCUUUCAUAAAGGACGCAAUAAAGAGUGGCAGGAUGUUGAGGAUUUUGCACAAUCUGAAAGCUGCGGAAAAGAGGAAAAUCUCCCAGUGAGUCCUUAUAAGGGCUAUGGUUCCGAUGGUUUGAAGUUGAUUUCUCAUGAAGAAAGCAUUUCCUUUGGUGAGUCAGUGCUGAAGCUGACUUUUGAUCCUGGCACAGUGGAAGAUGGCUUGCUUACAGUAGAGUGCAGACUCGAUCAUCCUUUUUAUGUUAAAAAUAAAGGUUGGUCAUCUUUUUAUCCAAGCUUGACUGUGGUACAGCAUGGCAUUCCAUGCUGUGAAAUGCAUCUUGGAGAUCUGUGUCUACCUCCUGGACACCCUGAUGCCAUUAACUUUGAUGAUUCAGGUGUUUUUGAUACAUUUAAAAGUUACGAUUUUACACCAAUGGAUUCCUCUGCAGUUUAUGUGCUAAGCAGCAUGGCUCGCCAGCGUCGCGCUUCUCUAUCUUGUGGAGGAUCAAACAAUCAAGAUGCUGAGAGAUCAGAAUGCAGUAGUAAAAACUGUGCGUCUACUGCAUCAUCACAUCUUUCCUCCAAUUCUUUGUGCAGCAAAGCUGGCAAAAGCCACAGCUCAGGGACUGUGAGUACUGUGAGUGCCACUUCUCCAAACAAGUGCAAAAGACCAAUGAAUGCCUUCAUGCUUUUUGCCAAAAAAUACAGAGUUGAAUAUACUCAGAUGUAUCCAGGGAAAGACAACAGAGCCAUAAGUGUGAUACUCGGUGACAGGUGGAAGAAAAUGAAAAAUGAAGAGAGACGGAUGUACACGCUAGAAGCCAAGGCCUUGGCGGAAGAACAGAAACGUUUAAAUCCUGACUGUUGGAAACGAAAACGAACAAAUUCUGGCUCACAACAGCAUUAAGCCAGAAUUUUCCUGUUAACUCUGUAUUUACAAAAUGGCUGUUGCUUGACGGCAAGAAGAUGAUGCAAGAUCGAGGUCUUAAGAUUUGUUGUGACUUAGCAUGACCAUAAAAUACUGGCACCAUCGAGCUGGAAAUGAUCUAAUAAGAGUGCAGAUUUGCUUUUUACAAUAGAACAUUAAGUAAGCUAAAACUAUCAACAUUUUAAACCAAAUUGCCUUAUUUUUCUUCCAGACUUCAUAUACGUAUCAGGUAAUAUAGGCUUGAAAAUGGAUAUCCUGUGGUGCUAAAGUACUUUAGAAAGAGGCGAAGGAGAUGUGUAUAAAUGUUUAUUUUUAAAAGAAAAUGUACAAAAAGGGGAAUUUUAGAAUAUGUAACAGCUGUUUAUAUACAUUGAUUCUUAUUGCUGAUUACUAUCUAUUGCACAGUCAUAUUAUUAAUUACGAUUCUGGGGCCUGGGAUUUUCUGAAAUGGCAAAAUGUAUUAUCAGCCUCUAGCUCCCCAGCCUGCCCCGAUGCCAAGAAGUUUCCGAACGUGUGGUAAAGGGAGAGCUAGUGUAAUGUAGCAGGGGAGCUGCUUCUUGGGUGGCCAUGUGUAACCUUUGUAUCCACAAGUGAGGUAUUUUUGCACCAGCUGGCACUAGUGAGAGCUGUUAUUUCUGGUGGAAACAAUGGCCCAGGACAGGAUGAAAUGAAUAAAUAGCGUUAUCUCAAGAAAAAUGGUGCUGUUGAUAUUGUCACCAUCGUAGUUUUAUAACUCUGUGUUUUGUCUUUGCCACAUAUUCUACAACAUUUUAUUUUGCCAUAAGACAUCUUUAUGGUG